AUGAUCGCGGCUCAGCUACACACCGUCGCCGACGCUGCCAACUACGCUGCCACGUCGGCCUACCUGAACAGUCUCAUGGGCCAUGCCGGCUGGCGCACCUUUUUCGGGUCCAAUUUUCCAUCGAUUCGCGUGCCCACGCACCUACGCGGCAUAGGCAAGUGGCGAGGACUGGCAAUGAAGAUGACGACCAUGGACCGCGCGUGGGAGCGCCGCUCGUUCGACAUUUACAGCUACGGCGAGCACCCGAUCGCGCCCUGGGACGGCAUGCACUAUCGUCGCCACGGCGGCCGCAGAGGUCAGAGGAGCAUCGGGCAUGCCACGCCCGUGGACGCUGGGCUGGUUCCUGGCACGGCGGACGAGGUCGUGGCGUGCGGUGCGGGGGAGGACCUCAUGGUCAAGAGGUCGGGAAUCGAGGGCAAGAGACCGGGUCGCUGGACACAGCACCUGGGACGGGACAAUGGCUUUGAUCCAGGGCCGGGGGACAUAACAGCGGUGUCGGUGGUGCAUCGCCACGAUCAGACAGAGGUCGCCACUGGGCGCGCAAAUGGCCAAGUUCACCUGCAGCGGCUUAUUGGCAGCUGCAUUGCGACGAUAGUACAGCUUUCUUUGCUCCCACAAGCCAGAGACUCUAAAGAAAGUCGUCCAUCGUGUUCUGACCGCUACCUCUGGUUGGACGACACGGCAAUCUCCCUUAUAGAAUGGGAGCCACUGUCCAACUUGCUCGCAACCGGCCAGGACAAGCAUCUCCGGAUGUACAGCCUGUCGCAGUUGCCUGCCGACGGAGAUUUUGAGCUGGAGCCCAUCGAAGUGUAUGACGCCACUUGGAACCAACAGCCCUGUCAGAAUCGCACUUUCAUGAAUACGACCAAGUUUCUUGACAGCACUACUGUUGCUUGUGGGAUCGCAAACGCACACAAUCCUCUGCAAUGGGGACGGCUGACUCCUGACGGGUUGCGGCUGCAGUCUACAUCUUCAGACACGGGAGGAGAUGCUGGGCUGGGGCGGCUACAAACAGUCAAUGCCAUCGAAACCGUGGGGGCAAAGGGAACGUUGAUUCUCAGCGCAUGGUGCGACGGCACAAUCAGGCUCACCGAUCUUCGAACCCCCGAACCCUUCGAUUGUAAAUACUACCGUCGUGGAAGCAGCCCGCAGGACCCGAGCAGUGCGCUCAUGACGCACGGCCAGGAGCGCUUCGUGGCCGGGUCCAGCACCUCGCCCGCCCUUCACUUCUUCGACUACCGCAGCCCGACAAAGGCAUACCACUGCACAGACGAGCUCCCGAGCUCGGCCGACAGUCCGCCUCCAGGACGCAACAGUAACAACCAACGAGACGAGCGCUACGCCGCGAUGUUGCUGCCGCCGGAGGGCACUACCACCGUCGCGUGCCGUCCCUACAAGGACAUCGCCUGCGGCUGGGACGCCGGCUCGCGGCGAGCAGCAGAACAGACGACGGUGCGCGCCCACAGCGCCGUCUUUGAGCACGUCGUCUCGCUGGCGCGGUCCUGCGACGUCGCCGACACCUUUUACUGCGGCCUGCGCGGCGGCCUGCUUGAGACGCGGCUCUUCCAGGAGCGCUGGGCCGGCGACAGCAGCGACGAAGCAGCGGCGUGGGCGGCUGCCGCGGAGCUGCCGCGGUACUGGCCGCACGAUCUCGGCAAGCACAACGCGUGGAGCCAGAAGCAGCGGCCCCGGGCCAUGGUGGUCCUGGAGGAGACGACAGGAUCCGCUCGCGAGGACUACUUUUACGUGCCGCAGUCGCCGCAGUCUCCCUGGCGCGGCGCCCACGCCCGCGCGUCGACGGUUCCGGUGCUGCUAGACGCAAAGGGACACCGCGUCUGCCCCCCAGUCACGGCGGCGGCGUGCUGGCCAGAUGACCGCGAGGGGCGGCUGGAACCGGCUUGGACCACGAACGGGGGCCCGACGACGAGGCUGCCGUUGACGCCCGUGGCAUCAGAAUGCGGGGAUGAGGCAGACGAAGAGGCGGACUGCGCGGGGGAGGAGACGGAGGUGGAAACGCUGCGGUUGUCGUCUGAUGAGUUGCUGAGGGGACCGGAUGAGUCUGAUGAAGAAGACUUGCCGCUUUUUUCUUUUCUUUACUGA